AUGGAAACCAAGACUCUGGACAAUAGUAGCUCUUUCAAUGCCAGCUCCCCGGUGAACUUUCCCGACACUGAUCUACUCCAACAGUACAAAUCCUUCUUCAUCCUGCUAUACUGCGCCCUGGUGGCUGUGGCCUGCAUUGGCAACGUCUUCCUGAUUGUCUGCAUCGCGAUGGACAAGAAGCUUCACAACACCACUAACUUCUUCAUUGGCAACCUCUCGGUCGCCGACCUCCUCAUGUGCCUGACCUGCGUCCCCCUGACUGUGUCCUCCACCCUGGAGUUGCGCGGCUGGCUCUUCGGGAGGUUCAUGUGCCAUUUUGUCUCGCUCAUGCAGUCCACCACGGUCUACGUCUCCGUCCUCUCACUGACGGCCAUCGCGGUGGACCGCUACAUCGUGGUGGCCUACCCCAUCCGCCGAAGAAUAACCUUCCACUGGUUUGGUCUCAUCAUAGCCACCAUAUGGGUAAUAUCUCUUGCCCUGGCUUGUCCAGCCACCAUUCACACCAGGUACCAGGAGCUCAACGUGGUCGACUUUAAUGCUUGCGGAGAGGCUUGGCCGAGCUUAGAGGCACAGAGGCUGGCAUAUUCCUGCAUCAUCCUUCUGUUGUCCUACAUGGUCCCAUUAUCUGCUGUGACCAUCUCCUACUGCGCUAUCACCACCCAUCUCAAGAAGAGAAGCAAGGUCGGGAGAAAUCAUGGCAAGUGGAGCAAAGAUAAAAGAAAGACCUUCAUCCUCCUAAUCAUCUCUGUGCUGGCCUUUGCCACCUGCUGGCUACCCCUGCAGAUCCUGAACCUGAUCAUCGACCUGGACAUCGACCUGACCAUCCUCAACUACAAAUACAUCAAGGUCCUCCAUCUGUCCUGCCACUGGGUGGCGAUGAGCUCCUCAUGUUAUAACCCCUUCAUCUAUGCCUCGCUGCACCAGAAGUUCCGGCUCCAUCUCCAAGGGUACAUCCGCCAUCGGAAGAGGAAUAGCAGCUUCCUGUCCAGCAUUUCAUCCCCGUUACACACUACAUCAGCUGAGAUGGGUAAUCAGCCUUGCAGCCAAUGA